UCAACCUGCUCUUCUGGGGCCCAUUUUCUCCUGUACUUGGAGGCUGUAAUUUUCCUGCCAAAAUGUUUUAAAAGCUGCCUACGCAGAAACAGUUUCAAAAUCACAGGUAAUUCUAUUACCCACAUGCAUGCAUCCCAUUAGCGCUGAGUUUUUGGUGACUGGUCUGUGUGGAUGUGCUUGCAUGAGGAGGGGCCUGGAGGCUUUGGGGUUGCAUGUCUGUGACGUGUGUGUGUGUGUGUGUGUGUGUGUGUGUCGUGGGUGACACUUUGUAAUGGUGAGGGGUGUGGGCUGUGUUUCCGUGUCACAGUGCGUGUGAUAGUGGCACCUGGGUGACAGCCGGCGGGUGUGUCUCCUGCCAUUUCGGGGGGUGGAGGUGAGGAUGUUUUGUGGAGUGUUAAAGAAAUCUGUUUCCAUCAAGGCUGGGGGUGGGGCCCAGCUCCCCCACCUGGAUGGCCCCCCACCCCCUCCAGUGACUCUGCCUCGACGUCCUCCCCGUGCCCUUCCACGCAUCCCCUCGGGGCCGGAGAGCUCAGAGGGGCUCAUUUUCCUGCUGACCAAGCUGUCCUUGAAGGCAGAGACAGAUGGGCAGGCCGUUUGGUUUUAAAUAACAGUUCUCCCCUCUGCUCAGAGGCAGCCCCACCCACCCCGCCGGCCUGGGGACUCAGCCCGGAGAUGUAACCCUCCCAGAGGGGGUGCUGCUUGGUUCAGCGGGGCAUGAGCUGAGCUGGCUGUCUCCUGCAGCCUGAGCAGCCUGACUUCAGCUUCCUCCAAGGGGAGGCUGCCCCCCCCACCGCCUCUGCCCCUACCCUCCCUGACCCGGCUCCCUCCUCUGCCCCAGUCUCGGGCAGAGGCCAGGAGAGCCCUCUCCGCACACACGCGGGUCUGCACAGCCCCUCUGGCUGCUCCCAGCUCCAGCCUUCCCCCGGCGUCCUUGGACAGCCCACGAGGCCUGGGACGGCCCCUCAGCUCCGUUUCUUGCCUGCAGGUCGGGUGGGAGGGUUGAGGGAGCCAUUGCCUGUCCCGGUUGCUUCUGGCCCCGUGAUGGCAGCCCCUGGGCAGGUGUGGGCGCCCAGAGGCGCUGAUGGCCAGUCUUGCUCCCUCACGGUGGCUGUGCCUGCGGUCAGCACCACGGACAGCUCUGUCCCUGUGCCGCUGGGGGGCCGGUAGGGGGCCUGCCACGUGGGGGUUAUCAGCAUCCCAUGGUGGGGGGCACACACACGUCUCCAUAUGGCCAGCAGCCCCUGCCCUGCGUGGGCUGUGCCCAUGCCCAGCUCUGCGGUGAGGAUGCACCCUCCAGCCUGCACCUGCUGUCAGUGCCCCCCGCCUGGCUGCUGUUCCCCCCCCACCCCGCCCCUGCCCCCGCCCCGCGGCACACACCCAGAGCUGCAGCCCUCACCCUGCCCUGGGGAGGGGCUCCGAGGGGCAGCGCGACAGGUCAGGGCAGGAGAGCCCUGGCCGGGACGCCCAGGCGCCUCCCGGAACCAGCAGCAUCGAGAACAGGUGGUUUCUAAUUUUGAGGCAGAAGCUCUUGUUUUUUGGGGAAGAUGCAAAGAGGGAUGGGGCAGGGGUCAGAGAGGAGCCCUGUGUUCGCCCUAAGCUGACUGGAUCCCCAUUGGGGGGCGGGUCAUUCCAGCCUUGGGGCUCUCCUGGCCCGCUCAGCCAGGCCUCAGCAAGGCCCAGAGCAACCUCAGACAGCAGCAGGAGGCCUGAGCCAGCAGCCCUGGCGCCCGCCAGCCCCUGCAGGAUCCUGUGGCUGCUCCUGCUCUUGGACUGGGAGCCCCCCCCAUAAUUGCAGUCUCCCGCCAGCCUGGUUGAUGCAUGGGGUAUGCUCCCUGGUGGGUUAGUGAGCAUGGAGCCGCAUCCACCGCCCCCACCCCUGCAGCUGGCGCUGCCUGCUGGUGGGAGUGGUGUGAGUGAGCACAUGGGGAGGGAGAAGCCUCCUCAGACAGGGGUCUCAGGGCCCCCCCCCCCGGCCUGAGUCAGGGGGCGGGGUCCCUGCCAGGGUCGAGGCCAGACGAUGAGGAGGCUCCUGGGCCUGGGGGUGCAGGGCCCUGUGUCCUGUCCGGUCCUGGAGUGGGGGCAGGGCCCCCAGGGCUGCCAGGCAGUCAGCCAUCAGUCCCCUGUGGUCACCCAAAGCCCAGCUUGUUGUAGGACCAGGGGCUGGUCAGCAAGUGUGGGGGCUGCCCACCCCAAAUCUGGCCAUGGACAUGUGCUCCUGUUUCAUCUCCAGAAGGCCCAGAGGCCUAGAGUCCUGGGGGCUGGAGCCCUGGCUCACCCCUGCCCCGCAAGGCCAAGAGCCCUCCCUGGAUUCAUCGCUGCCUGGCUUCCUCUGCCUCUUCAUCCUGCUUUAAUCGAUUUUUGUAAUAAUGAGCAAUUAUGAAGUUCGGUAAAAGCUCCAGUGGUUGAGGGGAGGGGGCCAGGGAGUGGGCCGGCGGGGACUCGGGGGACCACACCUCCCAGGGGACAGCUGGGGCUAAGGGCGUGUGGGGGGUCCAGCCCAGGUGAUAGGCCCGGAGGUCAGCAAGGCAGCGAGGGUGCUGGGGGUCUGCCCCAGGGACCUGGCUUCUCACCCGCUGCUCCCGCCAUCCCUCUCUCCCGGCCCCGGGCCCAGCUGGGAGGCUGCGGCAUCCUCGGCGUUGGCAUCUGGCUGGCGGCCACGCAGGGGAACUUCGCCACCCUGUCCUCCUCCUUCCCGUCCCUGUCGGCCGCCAACCUGCUUAUUGUCACCGGCACCUUCGUGAUGGCCAUCGGCUUUGUGGGCUGCAUCGGGGCCAUCAAGGAGAACAAAUGCCUUCUGCUCACCUUCUUUGUGAUGCUGCUGCUGGUGUUCCUGCUGGAGGCCUCUAUUGCCAUCCUCUUCUUCGCCUACACUGACAAGAUCGACAGGUACGCCCAGCGGGACCUAAAGAAGGGCCUGCACCUGUAUGGCACCCCGGGCAACGUGGGCCUCACCAACGCCUGGAGCAUCAUCCAGACAGACUUCCGCUGCUGCGGGGUCUCCAACUACACCGACUGGUUCGAGGUGUACAACGCCACGCGCGUGCCCGACUCCUGCUGCCUGGAGUUCAGCGAGAGCUGCGGGCUGCACGCGCCCGGCACCUGGUGGAAAGCGCCGUGUUACGAGACGGUGAAGAUGUGGCUCCAGGAGAACCUGCUGGCCGUGGGCAUCUUCGGGCUGUGCACGGCCCUGGUGCAGAUCUUGGGCCUGACCUUCGCCAUGACCAUGUACUGCCAGGUGGUGAAGGCUGACACCUAUUGUGCGUAGGCUGCCAGCUGCCCGCCAGCCCUGCUUCCCUGCCCAAGGAUGUCACCCCCGGGGAGGUGACCGUGUCCCCACCUGCCUCUCCUGCUGCAAGACUUCUCACCAUUCCGGGCAUGGGGACAGGAGGAGCAGGCGGCUAGAGCCCCAGGACUCCCAGCCAGGCCUGUGAGCACCAUGCUGGCGGGGGUGGCCGAGCAACGGCCACGCGCCCGGGCUGGGGACGGGAGGGGCUUCUGGGCUUUUUACAUCCGAAUGUUCUCCAGAGCCGGGUUCUCCCUCGCAGCCCCUCCAGAGCAGGGGGUGGGGUGGGGGCGAGGGCUGACCGCCGGUCCCGGUGCCCACCCUCUACCAUGGGGCCAGGGCAGGCUCUGCCUGCAUCUCAAUAAAACGUGGGCAGCAGCCGCCCCCCGUGUCACUCACUGCCCCGACCUGGGGGCCACACCCAGGAGGCCCUUUGUGGCCAUGGGCCUUCUGCCCACGCAUAUGGGCCCUGGUGCCUGGAGUGGGGCUCCGGGAUGUGAUGUGUGCGGGCCUGGGUUGGGGGGGGGGGUGCUGCCUGACCAGACAGAGGGCGGCCCCUGCACCUGCAGAGGACGGUGACAAACCUCAGCGAGGCUGGCUCCAAGCUGAGAGAGCAGCCCUGAGCCUCGCUGACCCCUCCAUGGCCUGUGCUGCGGACACCCUGUCUCCAUGCCCCCUUUCCUGACAUGGGGGGGCCCCCAUCCAGCCUCAGGGCCACAUCCUCCCCCAGGGGUGUCCUCCCAAAAUGGAGCUCAGCUCCAUAUUUCCUGUUCUCUUUCUAGUCCUGUUUUGUUCCCUGGAACUUUGUCCCUUAAGUGUCACUCAUGGAUUUUGCAAAUAAAGUAGGCUGUUGGGAGCAAAGUGGUUGUCACAGGGCCCAGAAUUAGAGAAAUGGUCAAAUUGCAUCAAACUACCUCAAAGAUGAGGUGGGACUUCCUGAGGACAGGAUUGAUGGGGAGUGAGCAGAGCAGUAGGUCUGGAGGUCCAGGCUGGGGGAUGGGCCCCUCCCAGGGGCCUCACUAGCUGUGGGACAUCUGACCCCCCAAAGGGCAACCCACACUCUAGGUUCCAGCCCCUACUCCUGCGGCCCCACGGUCCCACCCUCUCUUGGUCACCCCCCCUGCAUCCUUGUGUGACGGACCUGCCUGGUGACGCCUGGCCAGGCACCAACCGUGGCACAACCCCGACCACCAGGGCACCCGACCCCUCCUGGUUCUUGGACCCGCCACCCCCAUUCCCGUCACACCCCCACGUCCUACCAGCCCUGUCUGUCCUCACUCCAUGGAAGCCACCAGCAUGUCAGGGACUGUGCCAACAAAAGUCACACAGAGUUAGCGGUUCACGCGGCAAAACCAAACUGUGCUUAGGCACCCGCGGCAAGCGGGCGGGAAGUGAGCACAGUCCAGCCAAGCUGCCCCCGACCCUGCCCGCACCCGCUGCCCGGACCCCGGUCCCCGUGCACCUCUCUCCACCUCCUGGGGGAAAGCCCCCGCUCGGCGGUGCAGAUGUGUGGGCACCGGACCCUCACACCCGGCCCAACUCAGCUUCCCCGCAGCACCGGCUCCACUGAGGUCCCACCAGGACAUGCAGGGCCUAUUUCCUCCAGGGCCAAGCCCGCCUGCGCUCUGUGGGGCUCCCAGGCCCACCUCUCUCCCGCGUGAGCGCCCGGGGGUCCGGCCCCAGCCCCUCUGCCAGUUCCCUGCCGACCCUGCGGGUUUCCCCACCUUCCAAGCCCAGGCUGAGGAGCUACACGCCUGGCUCCACAUCCAUAGACAGUGAGCACGCUGUGGCCCCACAACUGACCUGCCCCUCCCUCCCUCAACUCCUGUGCAGACCCCUCCCCCCACCAGAGCCCAGAGCCCACUCCUGGUGCGAUGGCCGCCUCACUCCCUGCCCGUCCAGGCUUCCAAAGCUGGGGGACCAGUCAGUGCCGGCAGCCCUGCCCUCAGGCCCACCGCUGGGAGGUGGAAGGCGUCUGACCUACCAUCCCCAGUGCCCACUUGCAGCCCACGCAGGCAGAAGUGG